AUGCUGUUGUCCAGUCUCUCAAUCUGCUCAAGGUAUGAAGUGUCGGUUAGAGCCUUCACUGUGGCGGGACCUGGACCUUACAGCGAGCCUUUAGUGAUCCAGACUUUAGGUGAGUCAAAGAAGCAAAAUAUCUUGACGUUAAAUACGAUUGUUUUCUAGAAAGUCUCAUUUUUGCCUUAUUUUCCCCUUGCAGAGUGUGCUUCGCAGUACAUGUUACAACAUUAACUAAAUUUUGUCCUUUGGCAGAAAAUAAUGGAUUCUACAUCAAAGAGGAAAAGAGUGAAGAAAUGCUUGAAAUUCACAUUAAAUGUUGAAACGAGGAGCAACUUAAAUUUCGUACUUCUGUGUCCACAGAGUGCUAUUUCAAUUGCUUGAUUCUAUCUUUUCCUCUCAGAAAUCUCCUUGGUCGCUCUGGUUUAUUGAACUUAUUGAGCGCAUUUUAAAUCCCACGUGAUAGAUUUCAUGUAUAGUAAUGGUCACUCCAUAGAAACUGAUUACUUUGUCCAAGAAAUUCUUCAUGCAUGAAUUUCCUCUCCAAUGAACGUUUCGUUUCCUUUCACAGAUGAAGUUUGGUCUCAUAAAAAGCCUUCCCCAGCAGAAUUCUCUAGUGACGGAGGAAUCACAGCAAAAGUAACACUCCCAAAUUUUAUGGGAAAUGUAAGGUAUGUUGAGCAAGUUUUAGUUCUCUCUUUCAACAAAUGCUCGAAAUCUUGGAUACUUACUAAAUCUCAGGAAAGCGUUUUAAGGCUGGUUCUCAACUGUGUUUAAUCUCCAAUAGCGUUAGUCGAUGAACCUCAACCAUAAAGAAAAAAUUCAUCAACACUAAGUAUAAGCUCUAUGUAAAUUAUCGUAGCUUUUGGAUGCCGCAGUUAUAGUAGCUCACAUAAUUUUAAAGACUUGUAGGAGUGUUCUCCUUAUAAUCUUCUUAAUAACUUCCAAUUGAUUUGUAAUAUUUUCUGCAGUUAAUAGCCUCUUAGUUCGUGUUUGUCUCUUUCUGUGUUUUUAAAAUUUAGAAGAUUCUUGGCAUCAAUUAUAAAUGUAAUUUCGGGUUUUCAGAUCUUCUUAAUAUGACAACUUAAAAAAGAAUUUUGGUAUUACAGUUUUUUUCAAGUCAUCGUGAUUACAUAUCGCUCUGGCUACAACGGUGUCGUAAAGCCACCAGCAGAUUUUACAACACAAGAACUGAUGACUUAUGAAGAAGCUCACAAAUCUCCAGUGCCUGCAGCCUAUGUCACUUUCCAGUUUGGAGGAAAUGAUUUUAACAAUCACCAAGAAUUUACUUUAGGAGAUGGAGUUCAAUCAAACAGUAAAAUAAGGAACAAGAGAAGUAAUGGCGAGGAGUAUUUUUACAACAAACCAUUGCACCCAAAUACGAAUUACAGAGUGUUUCUCAGAGCUUUUAUCACAGAGGUAUUUUGAUCAAUUGCUUUCUCCUUCCAAGAUGAACGGCGUAUUUGUUACCUCAAGGCGCAAUCUAUUUUGAAUGUAGUAGUUUACUUCUAGCUGCUUCUACUCCAGAUUACUUCUUUGUCAUACCCCCCCUCCCAUCCAAGUUCCCAAGUUUCCUAGUCCCUAAGUUGUAAAUCACCAUACGAACUACUAUUUAUAAUUAGGGAAGAACGUCUUUGAAAAUAGAGUGCUUUUCGGUUGAAUGUCGUAAAACCAAAUCCAAAGCAAUCACAACGGCCAAUCAGAAGAGAGAAAAAUAGCUUGAGUGUCAAGAGAGGUCAAAUUCAACACGACCUGCCUAAUGCUCGGGAAAACACUAGCGGCCACGUCGAUUGCUUUUUGACAUUUUUAUGGGCUGUCUUUGCAGACGCUAUAUACCUCAAGCAGUUUCAUAGCGCUGAAAACUAAAGGUACCAUUCCACUUUGUGUUUAUUUAUUUUAGUAAUUCUGUGGCUUUCACUAUUAAUGAUAUUUAACAGUUUCGUAAGUAAAGGAAAUCAGGUAUGAUGUUAGAUUGAUAGAAUAAGAGAGAUGAUAUCUUUUUAGCUCGGUAAAGAAUAGAGAAGGAUGUUUUUCGUCUUGUCACAAGCGUGGGACAUAGAAAAUAACCUGAGUCCCCAUGAGCAAUCGAUUUCUCAGACUCAGAAUUUUCAAUGAUAGGCUAAGUAUGUAAAAUCAACCUUUUCCUUCGUGGCAGUGAGGAUGUACGAAACGUCUGUAGCUUGCUCGUGUAACCUUAAAGAACCUUCCUUGGUGUCAGAGUAUUGCUGUUUUAGGUGUUUUGAAUUGAAAACGGGAUGCUUUAUAAUAUAAUCAUGACAGAUAAGCCAGUGAUCAAGGAACUACCAGAAAAGACAACCAUAAUUGUUGGUGAAAAGGCAGAGUUGACGUGUGAGGCCAGCGGAGAUCCACAACCUUCUGUUACGUGGAGUAAAGAUGGAGACAUCAGUAUACCACGGGCCAACUUUAACAACGAUGGCAAGGUACUUGUUAUCCGAGACGUGAUACAUCGUGAUAGCGGUGUCUAUGAAUGUACAGCAUCGAACAGUUUUGGAGCGAGCCAUUCAGCUACAACUUUGAUAGUGGCUGGUAAGUUAGAGAAUCAAUAACUGUUCUUGAGCCUAGUGUAGCGAAGUCUUCACCUAUCUAUCACUUUGGUACACCAAAUAGUCAACGUGGGGCUAUAUGAACUUGCUGUUCAAACAUUGGUUCUUUUUCUUGUUGGAUUGGUGGUCAAUUGCAAAUCACCCUUCUUUUACCCGUUGCUCAAACAGUAAUGCGGGACCCAUUUGACGCGUGAAGUAAAACGGCAAGAUGAUAGUGUUAUGAAUAAUUAUUGCAAAUGUAAAACUUCCAGAAAUUUCCAGACUGCUGAUUCAUGCUGAAUUGCAUACCAUAGAACUUUCCAGAAGAUUUCAUUAAGUCACGCAUUUAUUAUGUAAUACUUCUAAAACAGUUCUUAUAUAAGCUUCUGGAAUGUUCCAGAACACUUUGUAAAUAUGUAUAAAGACUCACUUAUGUAGUAGUAAUAGUUGUUGUCGGAGCGACGAAUGUUUUGAAAGUUAUACAGAGAGAGAGAGUCACUGCGGAGGGCCGCUUAUUUCAAGGAACUUUGGAGACAGCAGUGAAAUUGUGUCAGUGGUCAGCUAGGAUAUAGACUUUGGUGGGCUUAUUAAGUUUAUUAGCGAUAAGUAUUUUACUGCUUCUAGGAGUCGCUCCUUGUUAAGAACAUUACCCGCUGUUUAAAAAAGUAGUUGAGUAUGUGGGGUUUGAAGUGUUUUUCUGUCGGUUAGAUUAUACCGUAACACUAGCGCCCCCCCCCCUUCUCUCUUCUUUUUCCUUUAUUUAAAUUUUUGGAACAUUCUGUCUUGUUUGUUAUUUACUUGUGUGUACCUUUCCAGAUAAACAAAGGGACUUGUUCUAUUACGUGCUGUUCAUAUCAUACGGUUUACUCUAAGUGUAGUUUGUUUGAACUUGUAAAUUGAUAAUAGUUUCCCUCUUUAUCCUUUGAAUUAGAUAAACAAAGUAACUUUCCUGUUGCUGUCAUCAUUGUGCUCUGUGUUGUUUUUGUGUUAUUGGCUGUCAUUGGCCUACUGGUAUGCAAGUGGAAGAACAGACGAGCUAGAAUCGAACUAAAUGACAAAACAAAGGAACUGAACAGAAUCAUCUGUGACGACAUGGCUCCACCCAACUCUUCGUAUGAACAACUUGCGUCUUCUCCAGGACCGUGUCUUCAACUCCACUCGAUGUUUUCCGAAGGCCAAUCGCCUGCAUUUCCUGAUCUUCAAGGUUUGAAGUUUGAAAACAGAGCAUAUGAUGGCCAAAGUGUGAGCUCUGAGAAAGAAAUUGAGGAGAGUGACAAAGAAGAAGGAGAAGAAGUUGUUAAUGACACAGGAAAUAGUUGUUGUUAGUAGUUGUGUUAAGAAAACUUGUGCUUUCGUCGUAAUGGGAAUUGGAAAAAAGGUUGUAUGGGCUAGAGGUGGGAUGGGCAGAGGACAUUAGGCAGACAGUGUCCUUUUUGUUGAUGUGUGUGUGUGUUUGUGGGGCGGAGAGUGGGCUUGGUGGGCAUAUUCAGGCAUCAAAUGUUACUACAGUAGCAUAAUAUUUGUAACCCUCAUCUUUCACGAUCAAUUGCAUUAUUGUGAAAUAUUCCUUUCCCGUUUCUCGGUAUCUUUUGUUUUUAAAAAAGCGGCCAGUGCAUUUGGUUUUUUACAAAGCGGCCACAAUCUUUGUUAAUAGAAUUUCAGACCUUCAUCUAGUCUGAUUUUCACAAAUUAUUAUUUGCGUAGUCACUAAACAGAUGAGAGAUGAAACCACCAGAAAAGUAAAAAAUGGCC